AUGGCAACCUCCACCACCUCACACCGGCCCAUCAAGGGGAUACUCAAAAACAAGAGUUCAACAUCUUCAGUGGAGGAUUCCACCCAACCAUCGGGAAGACCUGGCGCUCAGGAUUUGCAACGUAAGAAAUCACAGAAGUGGGACGAAUCCAACAUACUAGCAACCCACUAUCCAUCCUACAAAGACUAUGACUUAAUGAAGACGAACGAGCCCGGCAAUCCCUACGCCAGUGUGCCACAUGACGGAGAAGACAACAUGAGUGAAGUUCAAGGAAAGGAAGCCAUGACCGCUGCUGAUACCUUAGCGAAGAAGCUCGCAGCCAGUGACACCUUUGGGACCAGCUAUCAGGGUGAGGAGCAAGAAAGCAGCAGUGCGCAUAGCAGCAAAUUCUUCCUGGACAAACAAGAGCGACAACGGCAAUUUGAGUUGAAAAGAAAGUUACAUUACAACGAAGGACUGAACAUCAAAUUGGCCAGACAACUCAUAUUAGAGGAGCUCCAGUCUGAAGUAGAAGAAGAUGACAUCCAACCACAUCUCCAUUCAAGUUUUUGA